CGUUACGCCUCCGCGUCGCCACUCGCCGAACCAGACCCGCCUCCCUUUUAAGCGCAGCUACCCUUUUUCCCGUGCACCUCCUCUCCUCCGCGCUCCCUCCCCGCUCGUUUCCUCUGAUUCGCGUGCGUGCGUUUGCGGGGGUGAAUGGGUGACCUGGGAGGAGGAGACCGGCGGGAGGCGGCGGCGGCUGCCGAGGAGGACCCAUCGCCGGCGCCGGCCGGAAGCGGCCCCGACCACCUGGUGGUCAUGGUCCACGGGAUCGUCGGGAGCACAGCAGAUUGGAAGUUUGGAGCUGAGCAGUUUGAUAAGUUGCUCUCCGACAAAGUCAUAGUUCAUUGUAGCAACCGCAACAUGCACAGGCUAACUUUAGAUGGCAUUGAUGUAAUGGGUGAACGAUUGGCACAAGAGGUUAUUGAAGAAAUCAAUAGAAGACCAUGUAUCAAAAAGAUAUCUUUUGUUGCACACUCAGUUGGAGGAUUGGUUGCUAGAUACGCUAUUGGAAGACUCUAUAGACCACAUAAACAAACAUCCGAAAAUGCUCAACAAAAUUUGACUGACGACAACAGAGGCACAAUAUAUGGACUUGAGGCAGUGAACUUCAUAACUGUUGCGUCACCACAUCUUGGUUCCAGAGGAAAUAAGCAGGUUCCUUUCCUUUUUGGGGUUACUGCAAUCGAAAAUUUUGCUUCCUGCAUCAUUCAUUUGAUAUUUGGAAGAACUGGCAAACACCUCUUUCUUACUGAUAAUGAUGACGGAAAGCCUCCAUUGCUAGAACGCAUGGUCGACAAUUGGGGUGACCUGCAGUUCAUGUCUGCUUUGCAAGCAUUUAGACGACGAGUUGCGUACUCCAAUGUUCGUCAUGAUCAUAUUGUUGGGUGGAGGACAUCAUCCAUAAGACAAGAUUCGGAAUUACCCAAGUGGGUUGAUUCAACAAACAAGAUUUACCCUCAUAUUGUAUAUGAGGAACUAUGCAAAGCAGAAGCUUCUAAUAAAUGCAUAGACACGGACCACUGCACACUAGAAGAAUUGCACAUGAUGGACUGGCUUCUAUUGCAAUUUACAGAACGUCUUUUAGGAGGACUUAAGCGUGUGUCAUGGGAAAAGGUGGAUGUUAGCUUCCACAACAGCAAAGUAAGAUCUGCAGCACAUAGUGUGAUUCAGGUGAAGGAUCCUGUGAUGCAUUGCGAAGGUGCCGACGUCAUACAGCAUAUGAUUGACCAUUUUACUCUCUAGUAAAAUCCCUGGUCUUUGUUUUGCUAACUGCUGAGUCUGAGCCUGGCGAGCAUGUUUAUGGAAUCCCAGGCGUCAAAGAUUCAUGGCACUGAUGGAUCAAGUAUAUAGAGGGGGAAAACACUCGGUGUAUGCCCGUUGGUUCAUUUAGGUAUUUGUGACCAUAUAUGUUGUAUGUUGUAUGUACUUUUAAGACUAUCCUUGUCAUUAUAAAUGUCCAUCAUUUAUUUAGUGGUGUUCUUGAUA